CUUAGAUGCACAGAGCUUUUCAGUCCUGCCUCGUUUGGCUCCUCCGUCUGCAGACUAUCUGCCAUUCCAAAAUUCUAUAAACCAUCAGAACCCUUAAAGCCUGAACUGAGAUUCUAACUUUCUUCUAUCUUCUGCAAAGAGCAGCAUCACCUUGACUGGAGCUGGCACGGACACAAUCCAAGCUGUGGGUUUGUCUCCAUUUGUUUGGGUUUGUUUCUCUCUCGAAGAGCACAGAAUGAGUGUGGAGAGGCUCAGCAGGUCUCUUUGGGGUGCGUGGGAUGGCGCAAAUGCAACAUGGCCGCUUCCUGAACAAGCUCUACUCCAGCCUUUCUGGGACUACCUGCGUCAGAGCCAUGCCAGCACUAUCCGUUCUCCACUUUUCCCUGUGCUUCUCUCUGUCUCCACCUACCUGGUCCUUAUCCUUCUCUACACUACUCUGGACCUUCUGGCACCAACGUGGCCAAGUAUUCGCCGCUACCAGCUGCACCCGGAACGCACAGUCACAUGGUCCAACGUGGGCAACACACUAGCACUCACCGCCUACAACCACCUGCUUUACAUCUUCCCGGCGGCCGUGGCACAAUGGCUGUGGCGUCCACCUGUGCCACUUCCGCGCCAUGCGCCCUCACUCACUUCCUUCUUGCUUGGUAUUGUAGGUUGCACAGUGCUUUUUGAUUUCCAGUACUUUGUUUGGCAUCUGCUGCACCACCGCAUUGCUUGGCUGUAUGCCACCUUCCAUGCUGUGCAUCAUCAAUACCGGCAGACAUUCAGCCUGGUCACACAGUACCUGUCAGCGUGGGAGCUUAUCAAUGUGGGCCUGUGGACUACUGUGGACCCAUUACUUCUGAAUUGCCACUGUCUUACUACCUGGGCAUUUAUGGUCUUCAAUGUGUGGGUGUCGGCCGAGGACCACUGUGGCUAUGACUUCCCCUGGGCCUUGCAUCGCCUUGUGCCAUUCGGCCUGUGGGGUGGUGCACCACGCCACGAUGUGCAUCACCUGCAGCCCGGCACCAAUUUUGCUCCCUUCUUCACACACUGGGAUUGGUUGGCAGGCACUGGAAGUGCACCUGUCAAAUUUUGUAACAACAAUGAUCACAACAGCCUGAAAGAGAAUGGACUGAGAUCAGACAAGGGGGUCUGAGAGACUUAUUCAGUGGAUACUCCCUCUUUUUCAAACCCUUCCUCAUAUUUUUCCUAGAAUCCUAUUUUGCUCUUUCAUUGUCCUCAUCCUCAAUCAUUUAGGUCAUUCUGAAUGCCUGUUAGUUGUAAGUGAAAGAGGCUAGACAGUUAAUAUAAUUUGAACGAUGAAUGAUCCAAGCAAACAGACAGAGAGCCUCCUCUCUCUUUCACACCCUUUCUCUUGCUCCAUCUCUCUGGCAUCUAUUUACAGCAGCUCCCUCUAUGUCCUUCACAUCUUUACCCAGAUAGGGUAUUUUGAAUGUUCAAUAAAUUGAGGUAACUGGACUUUUGUGUUAAUCUUGAACCAAUACAAUUUCAACAAUCCAUUCAUGUUAUCUUAUAAAGAUAAGGUCUGGGUGAUAGAUUUUUUGUAUAAGUUCAUUUGUAUGUAAAUGCAAUGAAAUCAAUUAUUAGAAUCCAUAUUGCAUAAUAUAUGGUGGUGUUGAUUAUAGUGCAAAUUGCCACUAACUUACUACUAUUAGACACUUAAUGACCUAAACUAAAGACUUUCAUAAGCAUUCUCUUGUCUAUUUAUCUCAUCUGCUUACUCAGUUAUCAAAAAUAUGAAUUGGACUUUCUAAUUUUUCACUUGUUUAUUAUGGUGUUAUUUUCUUUUAUACCACAGUACUAUUGAAUUCUGAAAUCUGAUUGUUCAGAAGGUGUUGAAUAAUUUUCUAUAACAGCACAGCUCUAAAAAAAAAAACACAGCUGCAGGGCAAAACACAGAUUUCUAUUAAUGCACUCAUUCUAAUAUAUUAUCAAUAUGUUAUCGUUUCUACACUAACAAAAAAAUUACAGGGCCUAAUAAUAAACAUAUUAAUAAAACCUGUUGUUAUUUAACAAAAAAUUUAUAUGAUGAAGUUUUCUGUAAGGUGGCAUUUAUAGAAGAGUCUCUGGUAUCAGCCCUUUGUAUUAAAAAAAAAGAGGUAAAGCUGUAACUUUUCUGCAACAUAAAAGUCUUCGAGACAGACAGGUUUCUCAGUAACAUGCCAUUUUUUUCGUCUUAUUAACUUCAAAAGAGAGAAGAAAACACACACACAUGCAGAAUGCACCAGAUGGUGAGGAAAAGUUUAUAGCGUAUGAAAUAAGUGUACCAAAACUUGUUUCACAGAUGUUCCACAAUAUAAAAAUGUAACUACAUUAAGUGUAGUAACUGACAAGAAGUGCAACAAACCAUUCUUUAAUAAAUCAUUUGUAAUCAUUGGGAAACUGCUGUGGUAUAGGAGGAAUGAAAACACUUUGGGGUGUGCUUUUUUUUUUUUUUUUUUACAAACCAAUCUGUUACUAUAAUAGCACAUCCUAUUUGUUUUUUCCUUACUUAAUUUAACCUUAAAAUUGUCUGCUUGCUGUUCUGUUGAUCAACUGUAUGAGGUGUUUAUUCUUGUGAAGCAUAUAUAUUUUUCUAUUACCUUUUUACUGUUAGUGAGUGGGCAGUCAUACUGGAGGCUGUCUCAGGUCAGCUCUGGCCUUUUGCGCAUUUUCAGAGUGCUACUAAAUCUCCCUGAAUGGCACAAAAGAUAUACACAUGUUCCUACUUGAGGUGGUGUUUAUGAGGUAUAUUUUUCACUAAAUACUGUUCAAUAAAACACUGUUCCUAACUUCUGUCAGGCUGUAGCUUUGUCAAGGUUUGUGUAUGUUUAUUUUUUCAUCAGUGCUACCA